AUGAGGAAACCAGUCGUGGGGCAAGAGAAUGCGGGGCCUUGCGUGGCUGAGGCCACGACUCUGGUGGACGUCGAAGACGUGCUGGUGCUACUGCUGCUCGAGCUGGAUGAGCUACUUGUUGACGUAGUAGUACGGGUAGAAGAUGAGCUCGAGCUUAAACUUGAGCUUGAAGUUGAGCUCGAAGUCGAUGUUGAGGUACUGCUAGGCCGUGACGUAGAUGAUGAUAAGCUUGAAGAAGAUGAGCUUGACAAUGUGGAGGAGAAAGUAGAACUGGUUGUUGUGCUUGUCGUCGCCGUCGUCGUGGAUGAGGAAGUGCUACUCGAGCUCGAGCUCGUUGAAGCUAGCGUAUUUGCCUGGACACUGACACUACUCGAUGGAAAAGAGCUGCUUGACGUAGAUGAAGACGUAGAAGACGACGUCCUCGUCAGCGUGGCGAAUGUAGAACCGCUCGACGACGCCACGAGCGUGUUGGGCACUGCGAUGACAGAUGAGCUUGAAGAGGAGCCUGAGGAGGAGCUUGAAGAUGAACUAGAGGACGAUGAAGAGAUCGCGGUUGUGCUCAAGGAAGAGCUGCUAGAUGUCGACGAAAGUGAAGACGAGGUUGAAGUCCUCGUGGCCGAUGUCGAUGAAGUCGUAGGAGCGCUGCUUGUAGUUGAAGCCAAGCUUGCGGGAUUGACGGUGACGCUCGGAGAUGUUGUGCUCGAGAGGAUACUGCUCGAGCUACUGGUACUCGUAGAUAUACUACUGCUCGUCGCGCUGGUGCUGCCACUAGUGCUUGUUGUCGAGGCAGUCAAGCUAGCGGGGUUAACUGUGAUAGCAGUAGACGAGGGCGAGCUCGUCGUUGAUAGGAGAGUAGCUGCAUUGACUGUUGCACUCGAAGAAGAGGAAGAAGAGCUGGGAGUAGAACUACUAGAGAGUUGGCCCGCACUAGUGCUGCUAACCGUGGAGAUCAGGCUCGAAGAGCUGAAAGCAGUAGGAGACGCUGAGCUGAUGCUUGUAGAUGAACUACUAGUUGUAGACACUAGGGAGGCUGCAUCAACUGUCGGGCUUGAAGAAGAAGAAGAAGAGCUAGUCAAGGAGCUGCUUGAGAAUCUGCUUGUCGAAGUGCUGCUAGUGGUGGAGAUUGAACUUGAUGAGCUGACUGUAGUGCUUGAAGACGAGCUGAUGGAAGAGCUACCACUUAUUGUGGGGGUAGUGUUUGAAGUUAGAGUAGCUGCAUUGACUGUUGAACUUGAAGACGAAGAAAUAGUGACAAGUGAGGAGCUGCUCGGAGAACUGCUUGACGAGCUACUCGGUGCACUCGACGAUGAGCUGGAAGUCGUUCUCGAAGACGAACUGGCCGAAAUACUGCUUGCAGACGUGCUGCUGCUUGUUGACAGAAGAGUGGCCGCAUUGACUGUUGGGCUGGUAGAAGACGUACUGGAGGGGAUAUUGCCAGUGGUCAAGCCGCUAGAAGUAGAGCCAAAAGUGGUUGAGGUGACUGUUGAGCUGGAAGAUGACGAGGAACCGCCGGCGGAACUACUCGAAGAUGACGCGGUCGUACUGCUGCUCGUGGGAAGCAACGUGGCAGCGUUGGCCGUUGGACUGACUGACGAUGAGGUGCUUGAGAUGGUCGAGGAGGAGCUGCUGGUUGUUGAAGUACUGCUGGAUGUAGAAGCAGAUGUGGCAGGGCUAGCAGAGGUGCUUGUAGAUGAUGAACUGCUCGAGGAGGCGAUGGAAGUCGUAGAGACCAAGGUAGCGGGGUUGACAGACACGCUAGCAGAGGAUGAGCCGACAGAUGACGGACUGAUUGAAGAGCUACUUGAAGAAGACGAAGUUUGUGUAGCGGAAAGAUUGGUUGCUGAGCUGGAUGAAGUUGUGACUGCACUAGAAACGCUAGAUGAACUCGAGCCCUGA